GGCUGUAGAAGCUCGUGGAGCCCGGGUGGUUUAGCUUGUGCAGUCGUCUGCGCCGGUUGGUCCCAGUUCCCCCCUCGGCGUUUUCAGGGCCAGCCUACCUCGCCCCUUGGCGCCAUGACCACUACCACUACCUUUAAGGGUGUGGACCCUAACAGCAGGAACAGCUCCCGGGUUUUGCGGCCUCCAGGUGGUGGGUCCAAUUUUUCAUUAGGCUUUGAUGAGCCAACAGAACAGCCUGUGAGGAAGAACAAGAUGGCUUCUAACAUCUUUGGGACACCUGAAGAGAACCCCCCAUCUUGGGCCAAGUCAGCAGGUGCCAAGUCUAGUGGUGGCAGGGAAGAUUCGGAGUCGCCUGGAACACAGAGAAGUAACUCUUCUGAAGCAAGCUCUGGAGAUUUCUCAGACCUCAAGGGAGAAGGUGCUAUACACGAAAAUGUGGACACAGACUUCCAAGCCAACCUGGCACAGAUGGAAGAGAAGCCGGUGCCCGCUGCUCCUGUGCCCAGCCCAGUGGCUCCAGCCCCAGUGCCAUCCAGGAGAAACCCCCCUGGCGGCAAGUCCAGCCUGGUCUUGGGUUAGCUUCUUGUGUUGGAACUCUGUCCUUCUGUUUGUUUGUUUUUCCAUGCUUGUGAACUGCACAACGUGAGCCUGACUGUACAUCUUUCGGAUUUGUUUCAUUAAAAGAGAAGCACUUUAUGUACUGCUGUCUUUUUUUCCCCUGCUUUCUCUCUUCCUUUUUCUUCUGUCUGACUCCUGGGUCUGUGGGCCAUGGCAUGAGUGUUUUCUAGUAGUAGACUGGAGUAGUAGACUGUUUAAGAACAAAUGAUCCGGUUCCUGAUGUGUAGAGACUCUUAUGUACCAGGGUUUUUGAUGCUGUCCUUGCCUUCAUGUGAUGGGACCGACAGCAGCCACAGGCACUGCCCUGCAGCCCCUGCUCCCAGCUCCAGAGUGGGCACCACUUGGCUCACCUUGCUGUUGCCCCACCAUCGGUGCCCUUUGCUAAGUGCACCUUCCUGUGCCACGUGGAGCGAUCAAAGCAGCUGUACCUCACAUCCCACUGCCUGCAGAGCAGGCAAGCCGCCUUCCGUACCCUGAAGAUGCCAGUGGCCACUGUGGCUGGCCGGCUGCUGGGCAGAGCCACCCAGCGCAGAGGAUAGCUUCAGGUACACAAGCAAGCUCCCUGGAACUGCAAGGUGAAGCACACAAGGCUGUCCCAGAGUGGGGCUGUGGGGACCUGCUGACCGAAGAAGUGCCACGUGCAUGAUGCUGAUGCCUGACCAUGGAGAAAGUCUCACCCUUGACGCUUGUACUCCUUAGUCCUGGACUGUUGCUUAAAGUAAACAAUACCCACCUUUUGAAGCAC